ACAACAACAACAACAAAAAACAUUUGACAUAGGCCUAAAUUAAACAAUUAGGCUAACUAAAUUUGCUUUUACCGAUGUCCAGAGUUAACUGGAUUUGAGGAUGCAAUAUUAUUCGGACUAGCUCAUAUUAAUAAAGCGCGUUAUUAUCACUUGUCUGGAAAGUAGAUCGCAUCAUCUUUCGCAUUAUAAGUAUGCAAGCUGCGACCUUCGCAUCCCCAGGCAAACCAAGGCUGACCUAGUUUUCUGCACUGGCAUCUCGUUUCAUCAUUGUAUUAGACUCGUUUCCGUCCUGUGAGUGAUGUCGGACUGUAGGCGACAGUGGAACCGGGAGGAUGAGCUCCCUGUGUACCUGGCUAAACCCAUCUCGACUGGACCCAGCCAGCGUCACAAGUCUUACGGCUAUACGUCUAUCGAUUUUCAACAGUACGCUGUAGGGAGGAACGAGAACAGGAGCUCACGCAGCAGUAGCAGGGAACGCAUCGUGGAUGGGGAUUUUGAAGCCUAUGAGAUCAGCGGCGGGACCUUCAUCAGCUCCCCGGGUGAGAGAGACGACGGGCGUCCGGGUGUCGAAAUCACGGAUCAGACUGAAAAGGAAUGUGAUUGUCAAAACAACGGGAAGAGUGAACGGCUGCUGAUUAAAGGUGGACGAGUGGUUAAUGAUGAUCAGUCGCAAUAUGCUGACGUUUAUGUUGAAGAUGGAAUUAUUAAACAGGUUGGGGAGAACCUGAUUGUGCCGGGGGGAGUGAAGGUGAUUGAGGCUAAUGGGUGUAUGGUGAUUCCUGGAGGUAUUGAUGUGAACACCUGCCUGCAUAAGCCUUACCUAGGCACUCCACCUGUGGAUGACUUCUACCAGGGCACUAAAGCUGCUCUGGCAGGUGGAACCACCAUGAUCAUUGACCAUGUGACUCCACAGCCUGGUGAGAGUCUAUUGGAGGCCUUUGAGAAGUGGCAGGAAGUGGCUGAUAAGAAGUCCUGCUGUGAUUAUUCACUUCAUUUGGAUAUCCCACAUUGGCAUGAAGGUGUGAAGGAGGAGCUGGAACAACUGGUACAGGAAAAAGGAAUCAACUCUUUCCAAGUAUACAUGGCUUACAAAGGGUUAUUUCAAAUGCCUGACUCUCAGUUGUAUGAAGCGUUCUCAUUCCUUAAGGAGCUGGGGGCAGUGGUUCUGGUUCAUGCAGAGAAUGGAGACCUGAUAGCACAGGAACAAAGCAAAAUCUUGGGAAUGGGCAUCACUGGUCCAGAGGGCCACCCACUGAGCCAUCCGGAGGAGCUGGAGGCAGAGGCUGUUUUCCGUGCCAUCACCCUUGGCAACCGAGUCAACUGCCCAGUCUACAUCACCAAAGUGAUGAGUAAAAGUGCAGCUGAUACUGUGGCCACUGCACGGAAGAAAGGCUCUGUUGUUUUCGGGGAGCCAAUCACAGCCAGCUUGGCAACAGAUGGCUCACACUAUUGGAGCAAAAACUGGGCAAAAGCUGCAGCCUAUGUGACCUCUCCGCCCCUCAGCCCUGACCCGACGACACCUGACCACCUUAACUCUCUACUGUCCUGUGGGGAUCUGCAGGUCGUAGGUAGUGGACAUUGUGCUUACAGCACCUCUCAAAAGGCCAUAGGGAAGGACAACUUUACUCUUAUACCAGAGGGAACCAAUGGAGUGGAGGAGAGAAUGGGUUUCGUUUGGGACAAAGCUGUGGCUUCGGGGAAGAUGGAUGAAAACCAGUUUGUUGCAGUUACAAGCAGUAAUGCAGCCAAAAUCUUCAACCUGUACCCUCGUAAGGGUCGGAUAGCAGUGGGUUCAGAUGCUGACAUUGUUAUCUGGGACCCUGACAAGAUCAAGACCAUCACAGCCAAAGAACAGCAGUCGGCUCUGGAGUAUAAUAUUUUUGAGGGGAUGGAGUGUCAUGGUGGUCCAGUGUAUGUGGUCUGUCAGGGUAGGACUGUGUUUGAGGAAGGGAAGCUCCAGGUUCAGCAGGGGACUGGGCGUUUCAUCUCCCGCAAGCCUUUCCCUGACGUUGCCUACCAGCGCAUUAAGUGCCGUACCAAGAUGAUGAGCAAACAGGGAGUUUCUCGUGGGAUAUAUGAUGGUCCAGUAUAUGAUGUCCCAGCAACACCCAAAUACAUUACCCCAUCACCCUCCGCCAAGACCUCGCCCACUACACACCAGCCUCCACCAAUCAGAAACUUGCAUCAGUCUAACUUCAGCCUAUCAGGGGCUCAAAUCGACGACAACGUUCCUCGGCGCUCUGGCCAUCGCAUUGUAGCACCCCCUGGUGGUCGUUCCAACAUCACCAGCCUUGGUUAAGCCUUCUGCAGCUCCUAUGUGAUUUUGAGAGGGAGAGAGAGAGAGAGAGCGAGAGAGAGAGUGUGUGUGUGUGUGUGUGUGUGUGUGUGUGUUAUUGUAGUUCUAUCUUUUGACAAAUCAUCAGUAUUCUCCUCUCAUAGGGCCAUGCUAUUAACAGAUUUUCGUGCAAUGCAUGCAUGUCAAAAAUAUCACUGUACCUUACCUGUGCAGUAAACGUCCCAUCCACAGUGAAUAUUACUGUGUAUUGUGCACAAUAUUCUCCCUGCUAAAACAUACCUAUAUACAUAUAUAUAGAUAUCUUGACAAUCACUAGAAAAUACUUUGUAAUAAAUUUAGAAAAUGCAGCAUUUAAACAAUGCUAAUAUAUUUACCCACAUUUUUGAGUUAUUAUACCCUAAUUCUGCUGAUGUGACCCCAGUGUUUGUGACAGUGUUGAAAAUGUCCUGCUUUGAAGCCCUGUGAAACCAGUUACUGGUCAUCCCAAAAUAAAGGUGCUCCUCCUGCUGGACAAUUUACAGAACUAAAGUUAACUUGUGUUAGUGAUGAUAAGGGACAAGUGCUAAUAUGCAGGUCUGAGAUCAGUUUUGGCAUAGAUGUACCACUAAUAAGUACAUUGAAAUGCUGAGAGUCGAUCUGCUCUUACAAACACUCUAAUGUUCUCUGUGCACUAAAAUGUUUUUAAUUCUGUGUAAUCCGUCUGUUUGUGGUUAAGAAUGAUUGUGGAUUGCAUGAUCUCACUUUUAGAUGUUGGUAUUAUUCACAUCAGACCUUUCGAUUCUUACUCUCCCUUUAUUCUUUAAGGAUAAUUUUAUCAGUUAUCUUAUCUAAUUUGAAUUGUUUUAUAAGAAGACUUUGUUAUAUCACUUUUUGUUUUAAUUCUGCAUUAAGUAAAACAGCUUCAUUGCAUUUUAUCUCCUCCAUGCUCUUGACUGCAUAGAAGGUUUUCAUAUUACCUCAGUAUCACAAAUACAAAAUCAAAGAAUGCAACUAUAUGCAAGCUGCAUGAUUUUUGUAUUUGUCUGCAACACCCUCAUCUGCGAUACAAGAUGAAUUCAGAAAGAGCUAAAGACGCUUUUAUUUCACCUGCAUGUUUUUUUCCUUCUAUUGUGAGAUUUUUACAGUAUUGCUCCACACUAGCCCAGUCACUGUGUACACUAAAAGUGCUCUUGUUUUGAAUCAAUACAAGGGCAUUUCCAAGCCUGCUUUCUUAUUUUCCAUAUUGUGAUUGCAUAUGGUAUAUAUAGUGUUUAUGAACAAUUCCAUUUUUUGUUUUGUAGGCUGAUAUCCAUAAAUGCACUUAUUGACUGUUGACAAUGAUAUUCACUUUGCUAUGGUGAAAUAAAGUUCAUAAAUAUA